AUACACACAUACGAAAUACCCACAAACACCCACGCGCGCGAACGCGCGCAGAGGUCACAAAUACACGGAUCCUGCUGCUUAAGCAACCCUCCUACCAGCAUCUUCUCAGCAACAGCCCCCUUCGCUUUUCCUUCCCCCCUGAAAUGGUGUGCUUCACAAAACUAAUCUCAGCAUGUCAACCACAGCGAACCGUUGUCGGUACAGUGAGAGUCGACCUCAACUAUACCUCUUAUGAGGGGUUGAGACUCUCAAACUGGGUCAAUUCCUUCCGAGGCAUGCGCUAUGCUGCCGCGCCGAUAGGGGACUUGAGAUGGAGGGCUCCGCUUGAUCCUAUUCCGUCUGACACGGGGACGGUCGAGAAGGCUGCAGCGUUCCCUCCCAGGUGUCUCGGUAUCGGCUCAGCCUAUCCUACGGAUGAUGAGAGCGAGGAUUGUCUGUUUGUGAAUGUCUGGGCUCCGACAAACGCGACUGUGAAGUCUAAGCUGCCCGUGUGGGUGUUCAUUCAGGGCGGAGGCUACGUAGCCAACACCAACGCCUACUGGGACGGGGCUGAGGCCGUCGAGAAAUCCGGCCACAACGUCGUCAUGGUCAGCUUCAACUACCGUGUUGGCCUCUGGGGGUUUCUCGCGAGCGAGCGGGUGAGGGACGACGGGGUCUUGAACGUCGGUUUGUUGGACCAGCGGAUGCUGCUGAAAUGGGUGAAAACGCACAUCGCUUCGUUUGGCGGCGACCCGGACCACGUCGUCAUCCACGGCGCCUCUGCCGGUGCCGGCUCCGUCGCCAUGCACCUCAUAGCCUACGGCGGCCGUAACGACAACCUCUUUAUCGGAGGCAUGACCGAGUCCCUCUUCUUCCCGGCCCAGCCCUUUGUCCACGAGCUCGAGUACCAGUUUGACCGAGUGGUGAGCCAGACAGGUUGCGACGGCGUAGCCCCGGACCGGCAGAUGGCCUGUUUACGCUCUAAGGACGUUGCCGUACUGCAGGCUGCUAAUUACGCCCAGCCGUUCCCCGGCCGCCCGGACCCGCCCAUGCCCCUGUUCUACUGGACGCCCUGUGUCGACGGGGAUCUCUUGCGUGACCUGCCCUACCGUCUGUUCGAAAAGGGACAGUUCAUCAGCGUGCCGGUGGUGUUUGGCACAUCAAACGACGAGGGCUCUGUCUUCGUCCCCGACGCCGACACCCCCUCGGACGUUGCCCACUUCCUCCGCAACAACUACCCCCUCCUCACGGCCAACGACACCACCGACAUCCUCACCCACUACCCCCAACUGCCGCCCGUACCAGCCCAUAAACCCUGGUUCCCCACUGCCAGCAAAGCCUACGGCGAAGCAACCUUCAUCUGCCCAACAAACAAUCUCCUCUCUUCAUACCCUAUCCGCCCCCCACAAGUGAAAAGCAACACAACAGCCGCCAAGACAUUCCCUUUUCCCUCCUCCUCCUCCUCCUCCCCUUCCUCCCCGUCUCCCUCCUCUUUCCCCUCCAAGAGGACGAAGAAGAAGAAGAGUAGGACAGAGGCGGAAGCCGCAGGCGCGGCCGCCGCCCUCUACACCUACCGGUACAAUGUCCGCGACGAGGCUACCGUCGCCCGCGGCCUCGGCGUCCCCCACCUCUCUGACGCACCCGCCAUCUUCGGCCCCGGGAACGUGCCCGGGCAGGAAGCGGCCAGUUACGAGACGUACAACGCCGCUGUUGUGCCGCUCGUCAUGGGCUACUGGCUCAGCUUCGUGCGCACGCUCGACCCCAACGUGUUCCGCGCGCCCGGGUCGCCGAGAUGGGAGCCCGUCUGGCAGGAGGGAGGCGAUGCCGGAGUGAUGAGGAGGUUGCUGAUCGAGACGGAGGGGGCGAGGAUGGAAACGGUAGACGCGGCCGAGAGGGGGAGGUGCGGGUUCUGGAAAGAGUUGGGUUCGGGAAGGAUGAGGCAGAAGUGAGAGUGUUCUUUAUCACAUUUCUUAAACGGGAAGAAGAGGUGGUCAUGUUAAGAUACCCGACUGCAUAUCAACAGCCUUUGAGCUUCGAAGGAGGUUCCGAACGCGAGCUUGGAGGGAAAAAGAAGAUAAUAUAACUUGUUUCAUCACUCGGUC